AUGGCUGGUGUUGGUGGACAAGAAGGCUGGCGUUGGAUCUUCUAUCUUGAAGGCAUUCUCACAGUAGUUGUUGGAGCAUUUGCCUUCUUUCUUAUAAAUGAUUUUCCUUCUGAUCAACCGAAAUUUCUAACAGAGUCCGAAUGCAAACGUGUCAUGACUCGACUACAAACCGACACAGGAACUGGAGCCAGCGAGCACUUCAGCUGGAAUCAAGUAUUGGCUGCUCUAUCGACAUGGAAAAUCUAUGUUUGGUCCUUAUGUUUUAUUGGAAUCAGUAUCCCUCUCUAUUCUCUUGCAUUUUUCUCACCAACUCUAAUUCAGAGUCUUGGUUUCGUCACGUAUCAGGCCCAAUUGCUCAGUGCGCCGCCUUAUGUAUUCUCUUUUCUGACAACGAUGAUCACGGCCUAUCUUUCUGAUAAAUAUGCUCGUCACGCUAUCUUCAUCAUCUUUUGGUCCUCCGUCAGCAUAGUUGGUUAUACUAUUCUGAUAUCCGUUGAAAACGUGAUUGUGAAUUAUCUUGCUGUGUUUCUUGCAGCUGGUGGUCUCGCCCCAUGCAUAUCCACUAGUAUUGCUUUUUUAUCAGGCAACACUAGCCCACAAACGAAACGAGCCACCGCGUUGGCAUUCAUGAUUUCAGUAGGCAAUAUCGGUGGAGCGAUCAGUGGGCAACUCUAUCGGGCACAAGAUGCACCUCGCUUUAUUCUUGGUCAUGCAGUCAAUCUAGGUUUUUGUGCAUUCGGUCUAAUCAAUGUUGUGAUCCUAUUCUUCGGUCUACGAGCAGAAAAUCGACGCCGUGAUCGUCUGUAUGGACCUAUCCCAUCGUCACUUGCAGUUGCAAGUGCGGAUUCAACGUCAUAUGGAACAGAUGUCGAACGCUCUGAUUCAUGUGGCUUAGGAAGUGAAGAAGACAGACGACGAUGGGGCUAUGAGAACAUGUCUGAAGAGGAAAUUCGUGAUUUGGGAGAUCGACAUGCUGCCUGGCGAUAUAUUCUCUAG